CUCAAAAAUAAAUAAAUAAAUAAAAACACCAGGACUCCUGCUUAUUUUAAACUUUGCUUUAAUUAAGUAAUUAAAUUUUUUUAAUGUUUAUUUAUUUUUGAGACAGGGAGAGACAGAGCAUGAACGGGGGAGGGUCAGAGAGAGAGGGAGACAGAAUCUGAAACAGGCUCCAGGCUCUGAGCUGUCAGCACAGAGCCCGACGCGGGGCUCGAACUCACGGACCACGAGAUCAUGACCUGAGCCGAAGUCGGAUGCUUAACCGACUGAGCCACCCAGGCGCCCCAAUUAAUUAAAUUUUUAAGUAGGCUCCACUCUCAUAGUGGAGCCCAGUGUGGUGUUCGAACUCACAGCCCUGAGAUCAAGACCUGAGCUGAGGUCAAGAGUUGGACACUUAACUGACUGAGCCACCCAGGUGCCCCUAAACUUCACUCUUAAAUAGGCCCAUAAGAAAGUCAGCAUAAUAAAAUUACUUUUGGAUUACUGUAUAGGAAAAGUAUUGUUAUUGUACAGUAGUAGAAUAUUUGUAGGCUCUUUCUUAGGUGGUUGUAUGUUUCUGUCAUUUUUUAGAUGAGAAGAAUAAAAUGCUAAGCACUAAGAAAAAUUGUGAUUUUGAGUUAUUAACCCCAUCAUAAAGAAUAUAACAUUUUUAGCACUCAUGUGUGAAGAACUUUUAUGUCAUAGGAGGCUGGGAGAAUUAAAGAAUUAAGUAUGACAUCUGUGAUUCUGCUAAGAUUUUUUUCUCUCAAUUAGAAUACUUUUUUUGUUAUCAUAAUUUCUUUUUAACAUGCUUAUUCUCGUUUGCAUUUCAUUUAUCUUCUUUUAAGAUUGUAAUUAGGAAGCACUCAAGUAAGGAAGCUCAGGUUAGCUUGCUUAGUAUUAGUCCAUUGUUUCUCCUUUGGAAAUGCAUAUAUUGUAUAGCCAAACUACUUAUGUGUAUUGUAAUUUAAAUUUUUCUAGAAUGUGUACUUACAUGUUUACAUUAUACUCCUUACUUGAGUGCUGCUUAUGUAGUUAGUUUUUACAGACCUAGAAGUAAUGAGUAAAGAUUUUUUAAAAAAGAUUUUAUUUUUAUGUAAUCUCUGUACCCAACGUGGGGCUUGAAUUUACCUUGAAAUCAAGUGUUGCAUGCUCUACUGACUGAGCCAGCCAGGCACCCCAAAAUAUUGAAUAAAUCUUGCCUUGUUACUUUUAAACAAGCUUUGGGGAGGAAACAAAUUCUUUUUAUUUAUUUAUUUUUGUUUAAAGUUUAUGUUUUAGUACUCUUCACCCAUUGUGGGACUAGAACUUAUGAUCCUGAGAUCAAGUGUUGCAUGCGUCACUGACUAAACCAGCCAGGAGCCUGGGGAGGAAACAAAUUCUGAUGUUAGUGUGUUUCUUAUUUCUUGUAGAGAUUCACAGUUCCUCUGUACUUGGUCCAACUGUUACUGAUGUUUUUUGAGCAAAUAGCAACACUUGAACGAAGGAAAGUUAUUUUAUUCUAAUACCCCUUUUCCCCUAAGUUGUAUUGGUUGUUUAGGAGGAAUAGGCCAUUGAGAAUCUUUUUUUUUUCUUUUUUUUCCCCCAACAUAUCAAUCAUUGUUAAAGUAUGAGCGUGCUCUAUUUAACUGGUUAGCUUCUCUCAACUUCCCCAUUGCUAUAUAUAAUGUUUCUUGUUACUCACCAAGAACGUAUCAAAAGAGGAUUUUGUUCUGGAAAAUUUUAGCCAAAUUCUUUUCUCUUAGAAUGUUUAAAAUUUAAAUGUAAAGGCAGUUAGAAUGUAUUGUUAUCAAAGAAACUACUUUUAAAAUUAUAACAUAAUUCUGAAUAGUUCAAUAAUUUAUAAAAUGAACAUUUAAGUGGUGUUUAAGCCCAUUUCCCUGAGAACAAGACAAAACUGAAACUCUGUGGAUACGUAUUAGUGUGUUUUCUUUAUGUAAUUCUGAUUCUCCUGUAAAUGAAUUUGUAGAAUUAAUCACUGUGGAAGGAAUCCUUUUUGUCCUUCCCAGGUGAAGCUCCCAUAGGUACAGUUGGGUUGUCCUUCUGGGUUGCUUUAAGGGCACUUUAGCAGUUUUAAAAACUUAAGUACUAAUUUCAUAGCCAGUGUCAGCUGGAUUUAUUGAAGUAGGUCAGACUCUGGAUAGAAACUUGUUUCUCAACCCUAAAGAGAGUCAUUAUCCAUUCUUCUAUUUGUUAGAGAAUGGUAAUAAAUUCUUCCGCAUUGACCACAAGUCUAGAGCAAUUUCAGAAAAUCUAGAUAGUUGGAUUUUUUCAGGUAUAGAAAAUUACCUGAGAUCCUCUCUGACUUUUAUUAUCCCCAUGGAGCUAAACAAAAAAUAAAGGCAAAUAAACAAAAAAUAGAAAUCAGUUCCAACCCCCCCUCUCCCCCAAAAGAAGCCAUAGACCAUGGUUGUAUUCUUUAAAAUAGAAACAAACAGGGGCACUUGGGUGGCUCAGUCGGUUAAGCAUCUGACUUCAGCUCAGGUCAUGAUCUCACGGUUUGUGGGUUCUAGCCCUGCAUCGGGCUCUGUGCUGACGGCUUGGAGCCUGGAGCCUGCUUUGGAUUCUGUGUCUUCCUUGAUCUCUGUCCCUCCCCUCCUUAUUCUCUUUCUCUCUCUCUCCUAAAAAUGAAUAAAUAUUAAAAAAGAAAUGAAACACAUGCAUUUCUAUCCUGUAAAAUAGACAUACAAAAAUUGCAAUUAAUUCAUUGGGGAUAUAUUUUUCCUUUUUAAAAAAAAAUUACAGGUCAAUUUAAUUAAGUUUUUUUUUAAGUUUAUUUAGGUUGAAAGAGUGAGCGCAAGUUGGGGAGGGGCAGAGAGAGAAUCCCAAGCAGGCUGCAUUUCCUCAGCGUGGAGCCCAACCCAGGGCUUGAACUUAUGAACCAUGAGAUGAUGAUCUGAACCAAAAUCAAAAGUCUGACACUUAGUCACCCAGGUGUCCCGAUUAAAUACAUUUUUAAUGAAAGUAUGCACUAUAUGCUUAGCAAUAUGUUUCCUUUGAACUCUGGAAAAUCACAUUCUCUUGUGUUCAUAGAAACGAAAAUUCUUACUUGGGUAGCAGUUAGGAAAUUGUAUAGUCAUGUGACAAAAUAUGUGAUACUGAAAAUACAUUAUAAGGAGUCAAUAAUCAGUGAACAGUGUGUGUGUGUGUGUGUUUUUAAUUUAUUUAGAGAGAGAGAGAGUGAGUACAGGAGGGGCAGAGAGAGGGAGAGAGACAAUCCCAAGCAGGCUCUGUGCUGUCCUCCACGUGGGGCUUGAAUUUACAAACCGUGAGAUCAUGACUUGAGUUGAAACCAAGAGUCAGACGCUUAAUAUGCUGAGCCACCCAGGUGCUUCAGUGAACAAUGUGUUUUUAAUUUAUAAGGGAAGGUUUCAUGAAGGAUUCGGAAUUUGAGAUGGUUCUUGGAAGUUGGAUAUGAGUUAUUGUAAGGGAUAUAUAAAUAGGGAGUAAGUAGCAUGAACAGAGGCUUGGAAUUUCAAAGUGUCAGACAAUAACUUAAAAAUGUUUUGGGCAAGAACCAAUAGAUGGGCACUGUGUUAAAAUAGUUGGCAUAAUUACUUGGUUUGCCAUCACAGAUGGCACAGUUGCACAUCUGGUUAAGUGGAAAAUUGGACUCAAAAUUUCAAAUCUCUUCAACUUGAAGUCCUUGCUAUAUCACACAGGUUGUCUCAACAUCUAUGCUUCAACAUCAUUUAUUGAGAAUCUAGUAGGUGCCAUUACAUCUGAGAAUACAAAAAUGAACAAGAUAUGGUACUUUUUUUUGAGAGAGAGACAGGAGUGUGUGUGUGUGUGUGUGUGUGUACAUAUGUCUGUGUACUGUGGGUAAUUCCUUGUGACAGUCACUCUUUAUAUAUGCUUUGGAGAUGUUAAUCUGCUUUUCCCAUGAUUAUCUCAACAGUGGGGUUAUCUCCUUGGGUGGAUAUGCUAGCCAUUUAAGAAUAUUGGUAUAGUAUAGCCAUUAAAUGCACAAAACCCUAUUUAACAUAAUUUCCAAAGCUGGAGAAAAUAUGAUUUGGAUUUGAGUGAACUUUAGUACAUCAUUCUCCAGUGUGAAAUUAAUUAUUCCCGGUGGAUUAAUGAGUAUAUUUGAUUGUAUGUGAUUUUCAAUUGCAGAUUUAAAAACCUAUGACUCAAGGUGUCUGGGUUUCUGACAAUUUUUUAGUCACCUGCUAGUUAAAUAGUGGAUGUUCACAAUUUUCGAAUGGAAUUACCUUUAUGUCAUUUAACAUGACUUAAGGUUAAUAACCCACUCACACACGUUGCCAACAAUAUAAAACUGGAUUAUGGAGCCAGUUUGCCUGGGUUGAAAUCCAGACCCUGCUACUUAAUGCCUGGGUGACCAUUGCCUCUCUUUUCACCUGUAAAGUAGGGAUACUAAUAAUACUUCAUUGUUGUAUCUGGCACAUAUUAAGUGCUAUCAAUUGUUAAAGAUCUCUUAUUCCGUAUUUGCUAUUUUGAAAUAAAAAAAGCCGAAACUGAUAGUUUUUAUGUCACUUAUUUGACAGCAAAGCCUGACCUAACUAAUGUCUUUUUCUUUUUUUAAAAUUUGUUUUAAUGUUUAUUCAUUUCUGAGAGACAGAGAAAGAGUGUGAGCGGGGGAGGGGCAGAAAGAGGGAGACACAGAAUCUGAAGCAGCUCCAGGCUCUGAGCUGUCAGCACAGACCCCGGAUGAGGGACUGGAACUCAUGAAUGAUGAGAUCAUGACCUUAGCCGAAGUCAGACGCUUAACCCUCUGAGCCACCCAGGUGCUGGAAAACCCCCUAUGUUUGGUGAUUAUGAAGCUCAGAGACACUGGCAAGAAAUUACUUUUAAUUUACCCAUCAAACAAUGGUAUUUUAACAGUAGUGAUAACAAUUUACAAUAUUGGGGAUUGGAUUAUCCACCUCUUACAGCCUAUCAUAGUCUUUUAUGUGCAUAUGUGGCAAAGUUUAUAAAUCCAGACUGGAUUGCUCUCCAUACAUCACGUGGAUAUGAAAGUCAGGCACAUAAGCUCUUUAUGCGUACCACAGUGUUAAUUGCUGACUUGCUGAUUUAUAUACCAGCAGUAGUUUUAUACUGUUGUUGUUUAAAAGAAAUCUCAACUAAGAAAAAGGUUGCUAAUGCAUUAUGCAUAUUGCUAUAUCCAGGCCUUAUUCUUAUCGACUAUGGACAUUUUCAAUAUAAUUCUGUGAGUCUUGGCUUUGCUUUGUGGGGUGUUCUUGGAGUAUCUUGUGACUGGGACCUGCUAGGCUCGUUGGCAUUUUGCUUAGCUAUAAAUUAUAAACAGAUGGAACUUUACCACUCUUUGCCAUUUUUUUGCUUUUUACUCGGCAAGUGUUUUAAAAAAGGCCUGAAAGGAAAGGGGUUUGUAUUGUUAAUUAAGCUAGCUUGUACGGUUGUAGCUUCCUUCAUUCUCUGCUGGCUGCCAUUCUGUACAGAAAGGGAGCAAACACUGCAAGUUCUAAGAAGACUCUUCCCAGUUGAUCGUGGAUUGUUUGAGGAUAAAGUAGCCAAUAUUUGGUGCAGCUUCAGUAUCUUUCUGAAGAUCAAGGAUAUUUUGCCACACCACUUCCAGAUAAUAAUCAGCUUUUGUUUUACAUUUUUGAGCCUGCUUCCUGCAUGUGUAAAAUUAACACUUCAGCCCUCUUCCAAAGGAUUCAGAUUUACUCUGGUUAGCUGUGCACUAUCAUUCUUUUUAUUUUCUUUCCAAGUACAUGAAAAGUCCAUUCUCUUGGUAUCAUUACCAGUCUGCUUAGUUUUAAGUGAAAUUCCUUUUAUGUCUACCUGGUUUUUACUUGUGUCAACAUUUAGUAUGCUACCUCUUCUACUGAAGGAUGAACUCCUAAUGCCCUUAGUUGUGACAACGAUCGCAUUUUUUAUAGCUUGUGCAACUUCCUUUUCAAUAUUUGAAAAGACUUCUGAAGAAGAACUUCAGUUGAAAUCCUUUUCCCUUUCUGUUAGGAAGUAUCUUCCAUGUUUUACAUUUCUUUCCAGAAUUAUACAAUAUUUGUUUCUUAUCUCAGUCAUCACUAUGGUACUUCUGACACUGAUAACUGUCACACUGGAUCCUCCUCAGAAAUUACCGGACUUAUUUUCUGUAUUGGUUUGUUUUGUAUCCUGCUUACAUUUCCUGUUCUUCUUAGUCUACUUUAACAUUAUAAUCAUGUGGGAUUCCAAAAGUGGAAGAAACCAGAAGAAAAUCAACUAGGUACAUCUGCAAACACGUGAAAAUAUUAACAGUGCUUAAACGGUUUUUGAACUUUUUGCUGUGUAUAAAUAAAAUUAUCAUUUUGAGGAUCAUGGAAUUACAGGGAAAAGAUGGUGAAAAGUCAUUGUUGUCUAUACAAAGUAAAUCUAUAUGGGAUCCAAGCCCAGUGGAGGCUUUUAUUUUCUAACUAUUGAAUGGCCAAGACAUACUGUAGUUUUAUAAUAUUCAGUUAUCCAAGUGGGAAAAUAAGAGAAAAUGCCCUUAAUCCCAGUAUUUACUCAGGAAAUAUACAAUUUGUUGUCUUAAAGAAAAUCUGCAAAUCCAGUGAACUCACUGGGAGAAUUUAACCCUUCUUUUUAAAGGAAAUUACUAAUUUUGGUAUUUAAAUUUCAUUUUCCUUCCUUGGAAUACAAGUAAUGUGUAUUUCAUUCUUUAGAAAUCUAUCUCAGGGUUUAAAUUUGUGACAAUCUUUUAAAUUACUGUGAGAAGGCAAUUUAAACUGCUUGAAGUUUGAACAUGCCUCAUUACAUGGUACAAAUUUGAAUUUCUUUUUAACAGGCAGAGAGGUUAAACCAUGUUCUUAUUUUUUCCAAAAUGCCGAUUUACUUAAAUGCAAUUUAACAGUGAAUUUUCUUGAAUUUAAAUCUAAGUGGUUUGAGUGAUGUCUUUUUAAUUACUCAUGAUCACUAGUGCUAAACUUCCAGGAUCAUUCUGUUUAAGUUAAAUGGUCUUAUGCAGGAUUUCAUCCUUCUGAUCUUUUUAUUGUUGUUGUUGUGACAUGGUUCAGGAUAACCACUUCCAUAGCAUUGAUUCAUAUCAUGUUUCAUAUUGACUUGGCUCUGUUAAUAAUGUAUCAUUCUAUAUUAGAAGCUCAUCUUUACUGUCAUAUUCAAUUGGUAAAAAUGUAUCAUAUCGAUGUUAUAGUUUCUUAUGUAAAGAUGUGUUGUCUAGAUGUGUUGUCUUUACUCUCUGUGAUAAGAAUAAAACAAUUAUUUUCA